AUGCCUACUCUUGAGGAUCUGUCGUCGGCCUCCACCAUGAAGAAGUUCCCUCAUGUGCUGGAUGACCCCAUCACCCUACCCCGGUCGCUAGACCCAUUCACCAUCACUACCUCCACGGGCUUUAUGCCUCUUGUUCUUCCUCCUGUCACUCUUCCUGAGGUCUUCGCACCUCUGACUUCCAUCCUGGACCGUACCCCUGUUGAAAAGGAAGAUGGUACGCCAGGUCUCCUGGCUACCUUCGAGCUCGGCCCAGUGGUAGAGAAGGAGCUUCCUGACCUCACCGACGAGAUCGACAAGCUCCUCACUGCCGAUGGUAAACCUGAUUUGUUUACCAUCACGGCUGUCUUCAGAGACUAUUCCUUUCUGGCCUCUUCCUAUCUCCUUGAGCCCUGUUGGGAACAAUGGAAAACAAACCCCGACAGUGGAUAUGGUUUAGGAAGAGAUCGCCUUCCACACUCCGUUGCUGGCCCCAUGUAUCGAUGUGCUGAACUCCUGGAUAUUCCUCCCUUCCUAUCCUAUGCCGCUGCAUACUCUCUCUUCAACUAUAAGCUCGCGGAUCCAUCCAAGGGCCAUGAGUACUCUAACCUGCGGCUUGUACGAGCGUUUGAACGUGGCCUUAACCCAAACAGUUCCGAAGCUGGCUUUAUCCUGACUCACAUUCACAUGGUCAAGGAAACCCAUGCUUUGAUCAGUGGUGUUGUUCGUAUCCUCAAUACCCUUGAUACCGUCAAGGACCGUAAAGAAAUCAAUGAUGCCUAUCGGCAAAUUCUCACUGCCAUGGACAAAAUUGAAGAAUGCAUGGAAGAUAUGUGGAAGAAUUCUAAGCCUCAGGAGUAUCUUUGUUUCCGUGUGUUCAUCUUCGGCAUCACAUCUCAGUCUAUGUUUCCCAAUGGUGUUGUGUAUGAGGGGAUCCAUGACAAUAAGCCUUUAUAUUUCCGUGGUGAAAGUGGCGCCAACGAUAGCAUCGUUAGUUCUCCCAUUGAAAUAAGAUUUGCAAUUACCCUAACGAUCGCACAGAUUCCCCUUCUAGAUCAUCUUCUCGAGAUCCCGAUGCCAGAUACUCCUUUAACAAAAAUCCUUCACGAAUUCAGGGCUUAUCGUCCACUUCCGCAUCGUGAAUUCCUGGCACAUGUGCGCGUUCGAUCUGCUGAAAUAGGAGUUCAAAAAUACUCUGUUCAGGAUCCAGAAACCGUCUUCCUGUAUCUUAAAGCCCUUGAUCACGUACGAAGCUUUAGGUGGAGGCACUGGUUGUUUGCAAGAGAGUAUAUCAUUAAGAGAACACCCCACCCAACUGCAACUGGAGGAAGUCCCAUUGUUACAUGGCUGCCGAACCAACUGGCUGCUGUCAUGGAUCUGAUGAUCUCUACUUACGAUGAAUAUGUUACCCCUGUCAUCAAGAAUGGGACUGCAGCAAAUGGCGGCGCUCCAUCUGAAAGUAAAACGGGUGCAACUGCCGAAGGUUUGGAACUCGGCUCUUCGCAACAUUAUAGGAAACAGGUUGAGGAAAUGAUGGAGACCGUGCGUGAUCAGAGAGUCAAAUUGGCCAAGGAAGUUGAGAGGUGGUGCGCCGAGCGGGGUGUGCCCACACAACCUAAGUAA